AUUUUUGAUAAUAAAUUAUGUUAUCUAAUUUUUUAGUACUGAGCGAAGAAAUACAGUGAGGCCCUUUCUAAACUUAAUGCUGCUAUAGAGGCAAAUCCAGCACUCGCAGAAGCAUAUCGGCAUCGGGCAUCCAUUCUAUGUCAACUGUGCAGCCACUGAGUUACAUGAAAAGGGCAGCAGCUACACUUGUUCUGGUCUGAGCAGACUACCAGCUGGAGGUUUAGAGCAUUAAGUCAUGGAAGAGCUCAAGGCCUCCAAAGCUGAAAGUAACCUUCUCAUUAUAUGGUUAAUUGAUUGUGAUAUAUUGCCAAACUCCGCUUUGUUCUCUCCCUUUUAGGAGAGGCCAAACAGAAAGCAGGUGAUCUGGUCAUGAAUGGAAGGGUUAUAAGUUACUUUUUUGUUUAUUAGACUAUACAUCCGUGUAGCAGUUAGUAUAAAUUAAGCAUUGCCCGUCUAUUGGCUUUGGCUAUUAGGUGAGACGUUCAUUAGCAUGGUACCAAAGUGUUGAAAAAUUUUCUUGAACUCAAACUCAAUGGAACCCCAAUUAAUAAACCGAAAAACGUGAAAGCUUCAGUAAGAAGUUAUUAUCAGAUAUUUGAGGCAGCAUUUGUACUUAUUAUAUAUUAAAUGAAUUUCUGAUAAAAUAAUUAUGAAAUUUUAAAAAAAUACGAGAAAUUGUCUGAUUGUGUUUGCUUCCCCCAGAUUACGUGAAGUCUCAUUUGCUUCUUUUCCAUUCCAGGGGUAUUAAGAUAGUAAAUAUUGCAAAAUGAGACGUUGAAUGUUGCUCUGAAGUCUUAUCUAUCUUUUUUCCCAUCUCAUGUAUUUCUUACUUAGACAUUACCAAAAGGGACUUCGUCUUGCCCUGAGCAUGGGGAACUGAAGAGAUCAUAUUUUGGAUUGAAAAAACUCCUUAAAAAAACUAAAAGUGCAGAUGAUAAUGCAAGCAAUGGUUCAGGUGAAACUUGGUAGGGGAGACGAUGCUGUGACAAGUUGCACAGAAGCACUUGAAAUUGAUGGAGAUUUAGUUGAAGCACUAGUCCAGAGAGGUGAGGCGAAGCUUUUAGUUGAAGAUUGGGAAGGAGCUGUGGCUGACCUAAGAUCAGCAGCAGAGAAGUCACCUCGGGCGCUGCUCGAUUCCAAGGGCUUAGGCUAUGUCACGUUUUCAGAAGUUUUACUUCUCCGGAAAGUUUUGUUUGAUCAACACUUCCAACUUCCAAGUAUUGAUUUCCAUUUGAUCGAAAAAGCAUAGCUGGAUAUGUUUGUUUGUGGAUGCUUCACACCCAAUGUGGUACAAUUUCUCUUAUUUUUUUUAUUACUCAGACUGUACUUCUUUAUAGCUAUUUUGUUUUUGCACUAGUGAUGUUCACUUCUGUCAGCACUUGGUUUGGUCCAUUGUCUAAAUUUCUAUCAAUGGAGUCGUUCCCCACCCUGGAGCUACUUUACCACUGUAAUGACUAGAAGUGAUACUGAUAAUAAUGAUCCACAUAAAAGGGCUACAUAUCCUAAUAUCAUCAUACUUACAUGCAUUAUUAACCACUCGGACUGAAGAGCGGGUACUAAUAUUGUUGAUUAUUUUCGCCAUGUUACCUUGCUUUCUGCUUGCAAUUUUUUUUGUCAUUAUCAUCUUCUUGAAAACUCUUUACUGUUUCAACUCAUUUUU